CACACGGUAGCUCCAUGGUUUGAGGAGACGUCCUUUGUGUGCCAUUGUUCGCACAAGCAAAAUUGAGUGGGAAAAAAACGAUAAAUGGACCGUGGUUCAAAGCGUAGGCAGGUGAAGCCCUUGGCUGCCUCUCUGCUGGAUGCAUUGGACUACGACAGCUCUGACGACAGUGAUUUUGAAGUAGGAGAGGAAGGAGGCUCAGGUUCAGAGGGCAGUGGCGUUGGCAGUGAUGAGGAGGCCUCUGAUAAGGAAAGCCCCGCGGGCUCCGACAGCGACUCGGACAACGUCGGGUCGGCCGAAGAAGAGGCCAGAGAGCUGACCGCAGACGACACCGUCACCGAGGACGAGGAGAAGACCAAGGAGCCGCCGUCCUCUGACGGCCCCCCCAAAGAGCCGCCCGCUGAGGCCCCCAAGUGCCGCAGAAGGAGCGACAAAGCGUCCGACUCAGAGGCCGGCGGCAGCGGGACGGGGAACGGCGGCGCGGCGAACCUGGAGGAGGGCCCGGCGGCCGAACCCAAGAAGUGGAACCUGCGCAGGAACCGGCCCAUGCUCGACUUCACCACCAUGGAGGAGCUGAACGAGAUGGACGACUACGACAGCGAGGACGACAACGACUGGAGGCCCGCCGCCGGCAAGAAGAAAGGCAAGGCCACCGCCCAGAAGGGCGGGAGCGGGGAGGAGGACGAGGGGAGCGGCAGCGAGGACGAGGAGGACGACGACGACGACGACCAAGAGGACGCCGAGGGGCGCGGGGACGAGGAGGGGGAGGAGCCGAGCAGCAGCGACAGCGACGACGUGAAGAAGCCCAAGAGGAAGGCGAAAACCAGCAACGCCUUCGACGAGGAGCUGACCAACGACAGCAUGACCCAGGAAAAGGGCAACGAGGACACGCUGCUGGAGCGCGCCCAGACCUGGAGCUCCCAGAGGAUGGAGCACAUCCUGAUCUGCUGCGUGUGCCUGGGAGACAACAGCGAGGACGCCGACGAGAUCAUCCAGUGUGACAACUGUGGAGUGACCGUGCACGAGGGUUGCUAUGGCGUCGACGGUGAGAGCGACUCCAUCAUGAGUUCCGCGUCGGAGAACUCCACCGAGCCCUGGUUCUGCGACGCCUGCAAGAACGGCGUCACGCCCAGCUGUGAGCUCUGCCCCAAUCAGGACGGGAUCUUCAAAGAGACUGAUGCCGGGAGAUGGGUCCACGUGGUGUGCGCCCUCUAUGUCCCUGGAGUGGCAUUUGGAGACAUUGAUAAACUGCGUCCAGUAACCCUCACCGAAAUGAACUACUCCAAAUAUGGAGCCAAGGAGUGCAGCUUCUGUGAGGACGCCCGUUUCGCCCGCACCGGGGUGUGCAUCAGCUGCGACGCGGGCAUGUGCCGCUCCUACUUCCACGUGACGUGCGCCCAGCGGGAGGGGCUGCUGUCGGAGGCGGCGGCGGAGGAGGACAUCGCCGACCCUUUCUUCGCCUACUGCAAGCAGCACGCGGACCGCUUCGACAGGAAGUGGAAGAGGAAGAACUACCUGGCGCUCCAGUCGUACUGUAAGGUGUCACUGCAGGAGCGGGAGAAGCAGCUGGCGCCCGAGGCACAGGCCCGCAUCACCACGCGCCUGGAGCAGUACCGGGCCAAGGCGGAGCUGUCGCGGAACACGCGGCCCCAGGCCUGGGUCCCCCGCGAGAAGCUGCCCCGGCCCCUGACCUCCAGCGCCUCGGCCAUCAGGAAGCUGAUGAGGAAGGCCGAGCUGAUGGGCAUCAGCACGGACAUCUUCCCGGUGGACACCUCCGACAUCAGCGCCAGCGUGGACGGCCGCAGGAAGCACAAGCAGCCCGCGCUGACCGCCGACUUUGUCAACUACUACCUGGAGAGGAACAUGCGCAUGAUCCAGAUCCAGGACAACAUCUCGGAGCAGAAGAGCCUGAAAGACAAGCUGGAGAGCGAGCAAGAGAAGCUGCACGUGGACUACAACAAGCUCUGUGAGACUCUGGAGGACCUGCAGGGCGUCAACGGAGACCUGAGGAGCCAGGGUCAGGUGUUGUGGUCCUUGCUGGGAGGCAUGCUAGGCCAGAAACUGAACUCUCCAGCUGUUCUGAGAGCCCCGAAGGAGAGGAGGCCCAGCAGGAGGGAGGGAGGAGCCUCGGGGAAGUGUGCCAACCUCCCAGACAUCCUCUACAGCUGUGGGAUCUGUAAGAAGAACCAGGACCAGCACCUGUUGCUGCUGUGUGACACCUGCAAGCUGUACUACCACCUGGGAUGCCUGGAACCGCCUCUCACACGCAUGCCCAAGAAGACCAAGAACAGCUACUGGCAAUGUUCCGAGUGUGACCAGGCCAGCAGCGACGAAGCCGACAUCGCCAUGGAGACGUUACCAGACGGCACCAAGAGGUCCAGGAGGCAGAUCAAAGGGCCAAUCAAAUUCAUACCUCAGGACCUGUCUCCGGAGCCCAAGAAACUGCAGGCAUCGACCCGAGCCAUCGUUAGUCUCACGAGUCUUCAGAGAGGUGACCAGCCUUCCAGACAAGGUCACAGCGUGGCCACUCGACAACCCAACCGACAACACCCAGGGGCCCGGAACCACAAGUUGUGACUGUUUGAUGAUGUCAUGUGUCUGAGAGUGGAGCUGGGAGGGCUGUGGACACGUUCCACUGAGACAGCUGAAUGGAGAAUUGAAGACGGAAGAAGCGACCCCAACCUCGUCUCCUACAACGUAACAGGAUAAAAGCCUGUGUGUGUGUGUGUUAUGGUGUGGCGAGGCUGGGUUAAUCCGCUGUUGCCGGGUAAGCCUGCACGUGCCGGGCCCAUCCAGGAGCCCCGUGGCUGUGAGCCGCUGGGCUGUGCCCCCCCCCCCCCCCCCCCCCCUACCGUCCUGUCUGUCAGCUGGGAGGAGCAGAGCGAGAUAGGGACGCUACCGUGUCUGUCCUCAUGGAUCCCACUUAUCUGUCCCCUCCAUACCCCUGAUCCUGCGAUACUCCCGCCCAGCCGCCCAGCCCCUCCUCCCUCAAGGAACACCCGAUACUCAUCGGGCUCCGACAGCCUGUACUCUUUUUUGGGGGGGUGUGUGUCUUUUGCGCCCUCCUUUGUAUUAAGACACUGUCAAUAACUCCCAGCCCCCUCCUCUCCCCCGCCUCAGUACGUCUGGGGAGCCCUAGUCCUUCCGUGCACUCUCGCUGCUCCUGAGAGAGAGAGAAAAGGCCUUCCUCAAUAGAAAUGACACAUACAAAUAAAAAAUAAAAACCUGUUAAUCUUUUUUUCCUUUUCACAUAAAAAAAAAAAAGAAAUAAAAUAGCCCUGAAGACGUGCUGUCUCGAGGCGUGUGUGCUUGUGUGUGUGUGCGUGUGUGUGUGUGCGUGCCAGAGGAGUAGCAGCAGGCCUCGUCUGGGUUCAUGUGUUUUCUCCGUCAGCUCCCUCCUGCCCACCAGUCUGCAGAGGACCCUGCUGGAGUACCAGAGGGAUUAAGCGGCUUUUCUGAUUUCUCUCUCUGCCUCGUCCGCCCUGGUCCACCAGCUUCAAUGCAGCAUUUAUCUUCAAAUGCAAGGCGCACGGUGGCAGGCGCUGAAAGGGCCCUGCUUUGCAUUUUUAAUGCUUUUACCAGGGCGCCCUCGCUGGCACUGCUCUAAAGCUCUGUUCCACUUUAUCAGGGUUGGUUAAUCGACCUCCCGCCGGCCUCCCUCUCCCUCUCUCUCUGUGUGUGUGUGUUUCUUCUGUGCGUGUGUGUGGGGGGGACCACGCUCUGGGGUGACAUGGCCAAGUGUCACAUGAAACAUGGACAUCUCUGGUCUUUGUUCUGUCCCUCCACUGUGUGACCCUGCUCAAGGAUCACCUCGAAAUCACACGAGGACACUGAAAUAUUUAUUAUAUUUUUAAGACAUCUUAUAUAUAAUCUAUACAGUGACUUGUUGCAACUAAAAUCACCUAGUACAUCCUAACCAGCGACAAUCUAGAUCAAUACACACUCUGCACUCCCCCUGCAACACUGCUGGGCAAUCAGACUGGAGCCUCCCAUAUGAACAUGAUGUCAUUAGUCUACUGAGAGUCAUGAAAAUGUAGUUGCUACAUCUAGUUAGUGCUAGGGCCUGUGGUCCGUUAAUUAUUCCAGUCCAGUAUGAAAUGAUUCAUGGUUGUUAAAGAUGCAAUGGUGUACUUAAUUAAAAGAUUGAUUCUGCACAGUUUUAAAUGUAAUUUCCUCACCUGUGCAGAGCUUGUGAUUAGGUGUGUGUGUGUUUCGCUUGAGUUUGCAUAGCAUUGAGCUCUAAUAUAGAUCUGUGUUGAUCUUUUCCUGGCCUUUAAUAGAUUACCUAAAAAGAAUCUGCAGUAAUGGAGAAAUAAUGCAACAAACGUCCUCCCUUUGUUUGGUGGAGCUGUUGUGAAGGAAGUGACGAAGGUCUUCCAGACCCAUUUGGCAAUGUUCUUGCAGUUAGCGUUUAUAAUAAUAAGUGUUCCAUCUGGCCAAGUGGUGGCGAGCCAAAGGCGACAGAUGGAAUUGUUUUCCCAAUCUGUUUAAAUAUGUUGACCAUUCCCCUACUCCCCCUUAGAACCCAAACCAAAAAAGACCGUCAGGGACUUGUGUUGACCCGUGUGUUAUAUCCCAACUCCCUCAGACGCAACUCCUAACCUGCCUCUGGUAGGUCGUUCAGGGCUUCAGCUUGGACCUCUUGAAGCAUGUUGACAACGGAACCUGGGUGUGUGUGUGUGUGUGAGAGAGAGAAUGUGUGUCUUGGAUGAUGAAUCCCCCAUGGCCUUGGCAUGUUCACCAAUCCAGCUGAGUCCAUCAGCAUGCCCUGCUGCUGGGUUGGGCCCUCCUGUGCCUGUCUGCCUGUCUGUCUGUCUGCCUGCCUGCC